GAAAUUGCUAGAAGAAAGGCACGGGUAAGAGAAGCUCCAAUUGCUGAGCACACUACAAAGCUUCAGCAAUCAGAAGCUAGAAUGAUAGAGCACAAAGCAAGCAUGGCCGUGUUAGGAAAGGAAGCAGCAGCUGCGCUUGCAGCUGUCGAGUCUCAACAACAACGGGUGACCCUUCAGCGGCUGGUUGGCGCGGCGGAAGCAGAAAAGUUAUUCCAUCUGAGAUUAGCUGCUAUACUUGAUGACGUUGAGGCAGAGAUGUCCUCUGAAAAGCAAAGGAGAGAAUCUGCACCACCUAUCAUAUCUUCACAUAAGCGUGCUGAGAAAGCCCAGUACUUCCUUGCUGAGGUAAUGCAUAAUUUCAAUGGAACCACGGAGAAGGAACUGAGCUUAAUUGUUGGCGAUUAUGUUGUUGUUCGUCAGGUCAGUGUGCUCUUAACACUAUCAGCUGUGGAAGUAAUGCAGCCAAGUGCACGGGGCUCCCCGGGUGCCGGAGCUCCUGAUAACACAACACCAAUGAUACAUUCAAAUACAUUCUGA